CGCAUGCUCACCUCACACCGUCUACUGGUCCCCAACGGAAAAUGGCGUCAGUCUCUAAUUAUAGCAGCUACAACCAGGCUGGUGCACAGCAGUCGUAUGGAUCGUAUACUGCCCCUCCAUCUCAGGGCUAUGGGCAGACUGCCCAGCAGGGAUAUGCUCAACAGGAUUACAGCUACGCUCAACCCGCUGCAGCACCUGAGUCCACGUACAGUCAAGCAGCGCCCUCUGCUGCCGGAUAUGCGCAACAGCAGUAUGGAUCCUCAUAUGGGCAGGCGGCAGCUGCUGCAGCAGCGACAACAACUGCUGCACCAGCAGCUGCAUAUGGAACACCACAGUCAGGAGCAUAUAAUCAGCCUGCACAGACUUAUGCGGCCAGCAGCUACACCAACUCCACCGCAGCCCCUGCUGCCCAGGCCUCCUAUGGCUCCCAGCCCGGAUACUCUGCCCAACCAGCCUAUUCUGGCUAUAAUCAGCAGGCUGCUGCCUCUACUCCUCAGAGUUAUAGUGCAAGCAGCCAGCCUUCCUAUAACCAGGGUUCAUACUCUCAGCCUGGAGGUUACUCUCAGUCUCAGAGUGGGUACCAGGCUCAGCAGCCUGGUUAUGGACAGCAGCAGAGCACCUAUGGGCAGCCACCUCAGCAAGGCCCACCUGCUGCCUACCCUCCCCAAGGAAACGGCUCAUACGGGCAGCCUCAGUACGGCCAGCAGGGUGCACCACAGAGUGAUUACAACCAGUCAAGUCACUACAGCAGCUACAGUCAGGGUGGUGGAGGAUACCCAGGGUCACAGUCUCGAGGUGGAUACUCUGGAUCAUCAGACAGAGGCCGAGGUGGUUAUGAUCGCGGAGGCCCUCGAGGCCGUGGUGGGAUGGGCCGCGGCGGAAUGGGCAUCGCUGGAGACAGAGGGGGCUUCAAUAAGCCUGGUGGAGGCAUGAGGGGUGGAAUGCAUCGUGACAUGGGAGGACAGGAUGAUUCUGAGAACAGCACCAUUUACAUCACAGGCCUCACUGAAAAUGCCACUCUACCAGAGAUGGCUGACUUUUUCAAGCACUGUGGAACCAUAAGGAUAAACCGGCGUUUAAACCAACCGGCCAUAAACAUCUACACAGAUAAAGACUCUGGCAAGCCAAAGGGAGAUAGCACGUUGUCCUAUGAGGAGCCUUCAUGCGCCAAAGCUGCUGUUGAGCACUUUGAUGGUAAAGAGUUCCAGGGCCAGAAGAUAAAGGUGUCUAUGGCUCGCCGAAAGCCUGGGAUGGCAGGUAUGAGAGGAGGAAUGCCAAUGAGAGGUGGCCCUGGGAUGGACCGUGGAGGAAUGAUGGGGAGAGGUGGAGAUCGUGGUGGUUUCCCCCCUCGUGGUGGCCCUCGUGGUGGAAUGGGCUGGGGUGGUCCUCAACCAGGCAAUGUGCAAAAGAGAGCCGGAGACUGGGAUUGUCCCAACCCUGGAUGUGGAAACCAGAACUUCUCCUGGAGGAUGGAGUGUAACCAGUGUAAAGCUCCAAAACCUGAAGGGCUUGAGUCUCCACCAUUUCCUCAUGGAGGUGAGCGUGGCAGGGGCGGUAUGAGAGGUGGUAGAGGAAUGGAUCGUGGUGGUCCUGGUGGCAUGCGUGGAGGCUGGGGAGGAGAUCGCGGAGGCUUCCGAGGGGGCCGAGGUGGAAUGGAUAGAGGUGGUUUCAGAGGCAGCAGGGGUGGUCCUAUGGAUAGAGGGGGUAGGAGGGGCAUGGGACCCCCAGGCAAGAUGGAUAUGAGGGAUCAUCGUCAGGAGCGUAGAGACAGACCCUACUGAGUUACUGCAUCAAGCACAGAUUUGCAUAAAAUAGAGGAAUUUUAAAAUCCUUUUAUUUAUGAUUCCAUAUUUAUGAAUGGUCUCGUUUCUUUGCUUGCUUUUGUGGUUUUAAGUUUACUAGCACAUUUCGAUUUUAGUUAAUCUUUUGGUUAAUUUUGUAUGCUUUUUUCAUUAUAGUACCCCAGCUCACCAUUUUUGGGAGUCUGUCUUAUCUGUCUCUUUAUAAUGUAACCUUAUAUUUGAACAAUUUUUAUUAAAAAGAAAAUAAGAAAAUAUAAA